ACAAUUUGCUCAAGGAAAAAAAGCACCAGCCCUACAUUAGGUCGGCUGCAGAAAUUGUAUGUGUACGCCUGCGCCCUUGACAUGCUGCUGUCUCGCUGCUUUAUAACAGCUGCACUUGAAAGUGUUAGACGCUGGAUACCAACGCUGACGAACCGAAUAACAUGAAUUCUUAACACAACGCGUAAAUCUACACAGUAUCCUUCGGGGAGUCUAAUAAUAUAAGGAUAUCGGCUGGCCGUGAGCACAGUACACGUCAUGUGUCGCGCGAGCCGAAUCACUUGAAGUUCGCUGGACAUUAUUUCAUUUUCUAUUCGGCAUAUGGAGACUGCUCUAGAUAGCUCACAGUCUUUGAGAUGAUCCAUUUCUGCAAUGGCGAGGGGUCUGUUUUCACGGGCCUGGCUGUCAAAGACUUACCACUUUCAGGCUCGUCUGUCCUAUACUCGAGUGAAGUAUCUCUUUCUCACGUGGCUUGCUGUAUUUGUGGGUAGUUGGGUUGUGUAUGUGCAAUACUCUACUUACACUGAGCUGUGCAGAGGACGAGAGUGCAAGAGCAUCAUUUGUGACAAAUACAGCAAAGGUAUUAUUGAUGGCUCUGCCUGUAGCAGCCUGUGUGAAGAAAGCUCACUAUACUUUGGAAGGUGCCUCUCCACCAAGCCAAACAAUCAGGUCUAUACAGGCAGCUGGGGUGACCUGGACGGCAUCAUUAAGUGUCAGCUGAGUGACGUCCUGCACUAUGAGCUGGGAGAGGAACUGGAGCCAAAGAAAGAGGUCGCACUCUUUGACAAACCCACUCGAGGAACCUCUGUAGAGAAGUUCAAAGAGAUGGUUGCCAGUCAUUUGAAGGCAAAAGUCGGAGAGCAAGCCAACCUCUCCAGUUUGGUAAGCCUGAUCCUUUCAGUGGCGGACAGCAAUAAAGAUGGCCUCAUCUCUCUCCCCGAGGCCAAGUCUGUUUGGGCUUUGCUGCAGCUCAACGAGGUUCUGCUGGCAGUGGUGCUCCAAGACCGAGAGCACACACCUAGACUGUUGGGCUUCUGCGGGGACCUGUACGUGGUGGAGCGGGUGCCUCACGCGCCCCUGUACGGCCUCAGUCUGCCGUGGCCCAUGGAACUAUGGAUCCCUACGGGAAUGCGGCGAAGCAUGGACCAGUGGUUCACGCCUUCCUGGCCCCGCAAGGCCAAAAUCUUUAUCGGCUUGCUGGAACUUAUAGAAGACAUCUUCCACGGUACCUUUGGGAGCUUCUUAAUGUGCGACAUGAGAGCCAGUACUUUCGGUUACAACGAUCGUCACGACCUCAGGCUGGUGGACGGGCGGCGUGUAGUUGCUGAGGAGGCCUUCAAACAGGCCAUGAUCCUUCAGCGCUGCGAGGACGAUGAGGACUGCGUGUACGGCGUGGACUGUAGGACUUCGUGCGACCGCGCAGAACACCGGUGCAUGGCCGAGGUGACUCAGCCCAACCUGGCCAGGGCCUGCAGAGCAAUGAAGGAUUAUCUCCUACGAGGAGCUCCGUACCAUAUACAGGAAGAGCUGGAGAAGCAGCUGUACGCCUGCAUGGCUCUCAAAGGUUCAGCCGAGCAGAUGGAGAUGGAGCACUCGCUCAUUCUCAACAACCUCAAGACCCUGCUGUGGAAACAGAUCUCGCACACCAAUGACUCCUGAAGGAAAAAGAAGAUGCGCUGGUGACUACGUUCAGAUUCUUGAAUGUCUUCUGAAGCACUUCAGGCCAUUGUGAAUCUGGCUGGAGAUUACAAUGCUGGUAGGAAAGUGGCUGGAAAAAAUGCUGAUGGCAAUAUUCAGUGCUGCUUUGGUAUUACAGUUCUCUUUAGAAGUGGGUAGAAUUAAAUCCGUGAGGACUUUUUUCUCAGGCUCAACUUUAGAGUAACGUUCACGUCUGUCUCGUGUUUAUGUCGUCAUGCUUUGUCAUACACGAUUGAUCAGUGAUCAUGUUAAAUUUACAAUUCCUUCAGAUGUUAUGAAGGAGCAAAUGAUGCUAACUUUGCAUCCAUUGUUGGAUGUUAACAGAGAAAAUUAAGGAAUACACUCGCCACCGACUGUGGUUGUGUGUCUUGUAUUGUAAUGUUUGUCACAUGAGCACAGCAAAAAGAGUCAUAAAAGAGCCAUUUUGAAAUGGACAUAGUCCAAUGCCUUGAUAUGCAUGUUGCCAGUGAGUGUGCGUUUUUUUUUUUUAGUUCGAUGCUUGUGUGAAAAAGGUAACGCUUCACAAUAAGGUU